GCUUUCAAUGUCCCAUGGAUGAAAACAAAGUGAACAACUUAGAUUUUCAGUGUUCAGUUUGGAUUUAAAUAUGACAUGAACUACACCUCACAGAAAGCUAACUGGAUCAUUGGCUUGCCUCAUCAAGUGCCUCUAAGUUCCAGCCAAUCACAGUGGUCCCAGGAAAUGUAAAUGUUAGUCUAAAUUCAGAAUCAUUCACUUCAGUGAGUCCAGCAUUGGUUCAGCAUCAAACUAUGACAAGGUUUUUAGCAAUGAUGAUUCUGAGUACGGCAUUGCUGAUUCAGACCCAAGAGGAUCCUCAACCACUCUAUUGGAAAGAAGCUAAACUUGGAGAUACUGUCACUCUGGAUUGUACAGUCUUUAAAGACCAGAAUAUUAAUGAAGUGUUGAACUGGUAUAAGCAAUCUCUGGGAUUUAAUCCCCAAAUGGUAGCUAACAGAUAUUAUGGAUCAACGAUUCACCCAUCCUUAACAUUGAGGGUCACAGUGGGAGAAGGAAGUAACUUCAAUUUGACAAUCACCAACGUUAAAAAAGAGGAUGAAGCAAAUUAUUUCUGUAAUCAAGGAAGUUACCAAAAAAACCUUUGGAAAAAUGGUGUUUUCCUGACAGUCAAAGAUCCAAAUGACCAGAGGUUUGUCUCCCAGACUGUGGUCCAACAGCCUGUGUCUGCAUCAGCUCAGCUGGGAGACCCUGUGGCUCUCCAGUGCUCUAUUACCUCCCAGAGGACGGACCACAGUAACCAGUGCCAAGGGGAACCCAGUGUGUACUGGUUCAGAUCUGGAUCAGGACCAUCUCACCCUGCUGCCAUUUACAUGAAUGGGAACAGGACUGGUGAAUGUCAGAAUAGUUCUGGGCCUCCGUCUGCUCCACAGAGCUGUGUCUACACUCUCCCCAAGAACAAUGUAGACUCCUCUGAUGCUGGGACUUACUACUGUGCCCUGGCAGCAUGCGGGGAAGUUGUGUUUGGAAAUGGAACUAAGCUGGACCUAACAGAACCCUACAUUAAUCCGGUUACCGUGGUGCUUGGAAUUCUGUUGGCUUGCUGUCUGGGUGGGAAUAUAAUCCAGUUCGUAACCAGAAAUAAAAAGCAAGUUUGUGAGCAUUGCAAAGGAAAUCCCAGAGCCUCCUACCAUGUUUCACCUGCCUCAGUGAUUCAAGAACAACAGGACGGGGAAACUGAUUCCUUGAACUACGGAGUGUUGGAGUUCUCUGGCAGAAAAACCAAAGGAAGGCAGAAGAACAGUGAAAGGACUCAGGAGUGUCUGUAUUCUGCUGUGAGAGAAACCGGCCAAUGAAGUCCAUCAACCAGGUCCUAAUAUAGUUUGUAUCUGUAAUUCCUCAAUGUUGGGAUCCAGUUCAGGUGCGGUAUAUUGCUCAAGGUUUAAAAGGUGAAAGCUUAAGAUAAGAUAAGAAGCUCAAAUAAAACCUUAUAACCCUGGAAGGUGGUUUAUUUCAAACUAUGUGUUUAAAAUGUGGAUGAACCCAGAUACAUUUAUAUUUUAGAGCAUAUAGAAACUUAUGGAAACUGCUGUUUACUAAUAGAGCUAAGCAUUGUGUUAAAUGUUCAGAAAAAUAACUAAAUAACGUAACUAACGAAUUAGAUCAGAUACAAUUAUUUAGGGUGAAAGAUAACAUUAUGUAAAAACUAAAGUUAAUGUAAUGUAAACUGAUAUUAGUUGGAAUGGACAAAGAAAUUGUGAUCUUCACGUUAUGAGCUCCAUCCUCUAAACAACUCAGUUAGACUGACUGCUUUGUUGGAAAAGUGCUGGGAAAAUAAUUGCAAAUAAUGUUAUAAAAAUAACGCUUUGAAAUGUUCAUUGUUUUUCAUUUAAAGUCAAGGCUGCCACAAUUAUGUUAAGUGAUGCAGCAUGUGAUUGGUGACUAUUUACAAUAAAUACAACAAUCUAGGAUGUAAUAAAGGCAGGAAAGAGAGGAUCCCUAUUUUACUAGCCUGGCUAUUGCCAGACCAAGCUCGGUCGUAGAUUGCACGUUGGUCUGGGGAAGCUGUCAUUUUCUUCAGCACAAAAGGCGUGAUCAAUGGGCCUAAUUCAAAUGACUCUGUACGCAAUUGGCUGCUUGAAGUCGCUUCCCUGUCAUCAUUGUGUCAAACCAGCCAAUAGCACGCCAGGGGGAGAAGCCAGCUUGGUGAUUGGCUCCCGCAAAAACGUAUCGCAACUAGAAAGAAAUGUAUUGCUCUUCUCCAGACCCUUCUGCAGGGCGAACUCAAAUCGCCCAGCAGAAUGGGCGGGGCGACUUGAUGAGCCAUUUCAAAAUAUAUCCCUUUUUGAUAACACAAUGUGGGCGUAUCCAACCAGCUGGAAGGGUUUGACUGGUGGACGGCAUCAACUGGUAGGCUAGAGUUGAUUUUCAUAUAUCUUAACUGACAGCUCAAACUCAUGUCAAAAGUAUUUUUGGCUACUGACAUGUAAAUAUAAUUAUUUAAUUAUAUAACACAUUAAAAAAAAGGUUUCAAAAGUAUUUUCCCUCCCAAAUCUUUUGUUAUAGUUGUUUAUAGCACUAGUAUAGUCUACUUAUUCAUAAAUAUAUGUUUUGAUCCAACUCCACCUACAGGAAAUUCUGAUACAUGUCAUUAGCGAUCUGGUAAGAGGUUGGUCAUCUUAAAUAUUCAAGAAUGCCGACAGGGAGAAUGAAAACAUUUACAUUUACAUUUAGGGCAUUAGCAGACGCUUUUAUCCAAAUAAGUACAUUUGUAUACAAUAUAACACAAUAUACCGCUGUCGGUACAGUAAGGAUGUUCAUAGAACCAAGUGCAAGUACAACAAUCGCUAGGCUAACCAAUUCCCCGUGUUACAGCAAUGAUAGCAGCUACUGCAGUUGCUACACAGUUAAGAACUAUAAUACAAUACAACACAAUACAAUACAAUGUACAAUGGUGGCCAGACAUGGAGAUGAGCCACUGCCCAGUCAAUACAACGUCAAGCCCCUGCUGCUCUGGUGAACAUAUUUUAUCAAAUGGAUCAAAAUGAAAAAAUUACUGCAUGUACAACUGAUGUUUUUAGGGUUCAGCUUAGACUAAACUCGAAUGAGAACUGCACCUCACAGCAAAUUAAUCAGAUCAUGGCUCGUGUCUUUCAGUGGCUCUUUAACAAUCAUAGUCGUCCAUGGCACUCAUUUUGUAUUUCAUAUAAUUUCCUAUGAAUGUAAUGGUACAGAGAGACACUCAUGUCUUAAAAUGUCUAUCGAUAGGACAAAAGGAGGGUUGUUGGUUUGUCAAGUGGAGGGAAGGACAGUGUAGUGGUUAGGGUAGACUAGAAGUGGAUCAUUGGCUGGCAUCAUUCAGUGCUCUAACUUCCAGCCAAUCACAGUUGAUCUAUGGUAUAACAAUAGUAGUCCUUACAGUCAAUCUAUCAGUGAGUGCAGUAUAGUACAGCACCAAAACGCAACAAUGUUAGCAAUAUUGUUUGCUUUGAUAAUUCUGAGAGAAGCAUGUAAGUAAAACUCCUCUUCAAAAAAGUUAAUUUGGUUACAAUUCUAAAUAUAACAAGUGGUUAUUCAUUGUGGUUAUUUCUACUUUAUUUUUAGCGCCGAUUGAGACCAAAAAGGAUCCUUCUUUGUUGUCUGUGCAAACAGCAGAGCUUGGAGAUAAUGUAACUCUACAUUGUGCAGCUUUACAAAAAGGAAUAUGCAACGUAUAUUGGUAUAAGCAAUCUCUGGGAUUUGUGCCUCAAACAGUCGCUUCUAAAGUGAAUGAUUCAGUGACAGUUUAUCCCAGAUUUAAUUCAAGGUUCACAGUGGACAAAGGGUUUCUUGCCUUUAAUCUUAAAUUCAGAUCCAUAACUAAAGAGGAUGAAGGAAUCUAUUUUUGUCAAGAAGGUUUAUCUGACUGUUGGAGCGGCAUAUUUUUAUCUGUCAAAGGUUCGUGAUAUAUUUUUCAAUGCUUGUUUCUACGUCAUGAGGAAAAAUCUUAACAUUUCAAAUCAAACGCAAAUAUAUCUACUUCGUUCAUUUAAAUUAUGAUCAUUGUAUUUAACU